AUGGUUAGCGACGAGGCGGAGAGACUAUGCCAGGACUACGCCGUCUCUAAGCUCGAGGUGUACGCCCCCGGCACCAAGAGUGGGCGGCCCAGUGAGAGCUAUGGGCGCCUCACGUCAUCCGGACAGCUGGGAACACUGCUACUUAAGAGAAACGGACGAUGGGGGACGGUUUGUGACGACCAGUUCACGGAUACAAUGGCCAGGGAUUUCAACAUAGACAAGCUGUUUGUUCAUCCUCACUUCGACGUCACGACGGAAUUCAACAACGAUUUGGCGAUACUUAAAUUGGAGGAAAGAAUCAGAUUCAACCACUUCGUCCAACCAGCCUGCCUACCAGACCCAAAUAAGUAUGGACUGGACUACCAUAACUACCAUGAACUAUCCUGCACUAUCGUAGGCUGGGGGACACUAUCGGAGCGCUCCCCGCCUAUUCCCCAUGACACACCACGCGGGGGACACGUCAGCUUGUACCCAUCGGAGACGUGCGUGGGGUCCAACAAGUACUCGAGGGACGAGGUCACUACAGGAAUGCUAUGCGCGGGUGACCUGAACGGUACCAUUGACACUUGUACGGGUGAUAGCGGGGGCCCAUUAGUGUGUACAAGUAGUAGUAGUAUUGGUAGUAGUAGUAGUAGUAGUAGUAGUGAGAGUUUUUUGUUAGGUAUUACGUCUUGGGGUAAAGGCUGUGGUCGUGUUGGUAGUCCUGGUCUCUACACGAAGAUUGUGAAGUAUUUGAAGUGGAUUAGUGAGGUGGUAGGCUAGGUUAGGUGCGCGAAGCCUCAGUGCGCGGAGAAGUUACAUUGCCCGAAUAUUGAAGGAGAGAAAGAAAAGCGAGGAAGGAAGGAAGGAAGGAAGGAAGGAAGAAGAUUUAUAAGUAUUUGAAGGGUGAGUGUUAGGUGCGCGAAGCCUCAGUGCGCGGAGAAGUUACAUUGCCCGAAUAUUGAAGGAAAGAGAGAAAGAGAAGGAUAGAAAGAGAAAGAGAGAGAGAAAGAGAGAGAAAGGAAGUGUUUGAAAGGCUAGGUCAGGUGCGCGAAGCCUCAGUGCGCGGAGAAGUUACAUUGCCCAAAUACUGAAGGAGAGAGAGAAAGAGAAGGAUAGAAAGAGAAAGAGAGAGAGAUAGAGAGAAAGAGAGAGAAAGGAAGUGUUUGAAAGGUUAGGUCAGGUGCGCGAAGCCUCAGUGCGCGGAGAAGUUACAUUGCCCGAAUAUUGAAGGAAAGAAAGAAAAGCGAGGAGGGAAGGAAGGAAGGAAGGAAGGAAGAAGAUUUAUAAGUAUUUGAAGGGUGUGAGUUAGGUGCGCGAAGCCUCAGUGCGCGGAGAAGUUACAUUGCCCAAAUAUUGAAGGAGAGAAAGAAAAGCGAGGAGGGAAGGAAGGAAGGAAGGAAGGAAGAAGAUUUAUAAGUAUUUGAAGGGUGUGAGCUAGGUGCGCGAAGCCUCAGUGCGCGGAAAAGUUACAUUGCCCAAAUAUUGAAGGAGAGAAAGAAAAGCGAGGAAGGAAGGAAGGAAGGAAGGAAGGAAGAAGAUUUAUAAGUAUUUGAAGGGUGUGAGUUAGGUGCGCGAAGCCUCAGUGCGCGGAGAAGUUACAUUGCCCAAAUAUUGAAGGAGAGAAAGAAAAGCGAGGAAGGAAGGAAGGAAGGAAGGAAGGAAGAAGAUUUAUAAGUAUUUGAAGUGGAUCAGUGAGGUGGUAGGCUAGGUUAGGUUAGAUGCGCUAAGCCUCAGUGCGCGGAGAAGUUACAUUGCCCGAAUAUUGAAGGAGAGAGAGAAAGAGAGGGAUAGAAAGAGAAAGAGAGAGAGAGAUAGAGAGAAAGAGAGAGAAAGGAAGUGUUUGAAGAGUUAGGUGCGCGAAGCCUCAGUGCGCGGAGAAGUUACAUUGCCCAAGAGAGAGAGAGAGAGAGAGAGAAAGUAUUAGGUUAGGGGCAUGUUGCGUGUGUGUUUAGGAAAUAAGAAAAAAAAAAUAACCGUUUAAGUAUUUGUCAAGAAUAUAUAAGUGUGUGUUAGGAGCGGCGUGUGCUGUGAACUCAUGUGUUGCUGUGUAAGUGUGUUUUAAGUGUCGUGAACAGGGCGAGACGCGGUGUAGCCGGAGUGUUCCCGCGUGUCAGAUCCUUACGACUUUUCCGCCGUGUAUGAGCCGCGCCCACGACACGACGCCGGGCCGUCAGAUAACCACGGGACAUUUGACCACUCGGCUCAUGGACGUAAUUGUAAACUAUUUGCACUAUGUAAGAUGUGAAGGUAAGAGAGGAAAGGUAUUGUGGGCGUCGAUGUAGCGUGGAAGCGUUGACGGCCCAGGACGGAAGACCGGAGAGGAUUUACACGGGAAAAAACCGCGGCCUGGAGGAAGGGACGGCUGCCGACACCUCCAACCGCCGGACCGUGACGAACCACUCUGCGCGGCGCGGUAAAACAUCGUCACGUUUUUUUCCCGUGCCGCGCCUAAGUACGGGAGGAGCCGCGUGGAGGCCGCCGUGUGAAGGAGACUUGACACACUCGGUCCCCCUGGUGGCCAUUUCUGUGCCGUGAACUCUGGCGUACUAAUGGCCGGCUGGACCUGGUGCGCGCUGCCUCGGUGCUCGACUGUGUAACAUCACUACCCAGGUAUUGAAAAACAAGAAAAAAGGAAGAAAAAAAGAAGAAAGAAAGAGAAAUAGAAGGAAAAUGAAGAAGAAAAUAAAGAAAAUAUUAUUAUUAUUAUUAUUAUUAUUAUUAUUAUUAUUAUUAUUAUUAUUAUUAUUAUUAUUAUUAUUAUUAUUACUAUUACUAUUAUUACCGUCUCUGUGAUAGUCUUGGCAUCAAUAAUUGUAGUACUUACUUAUAAGGAAAUAUUGUAGUAGUAGUAGUAGUAGUAGUAGUAGUAGUAGUAGUAGUAGUAGUAGUAGUAGUAGUAGUAGUAGUAGUAGUAGUUGUUGUUAUUGUUAUUUUUAUUAUUGUGUAUGUGUUUCUCUCUCUCUCUCUCUCUCUCUCUCUCUCUCUCUCUCUC